GAAAAUUCAUACCACAGAGAAAUCCUACAAGUGUGAAGAAUGUGGAAAACCCUUAAACCAUUGCUCAAAACUUAUUAUACAUAGGAGAAUUCACAAUGGAGAAAAACCCUACAAAUGUGAAGAAUGUGGCAAAGCCUUUACCCAGUGCAUACAUCUUACUGAACAUAAAAGAACCCAUACUGGAGAGAAACCCUACAAAUGUGAAGAAUGUGGCAAAGCCUUUACCUGUUGCUCAAAACUUACUCUACAUAAAAGAAUUCAUAAGGGAGAGAAGCCCUACAAAUGUGAAGAAUGUGGCAAAGCCUUUACCUUGUGCACAAACCUUACUGUACAUAAAAGAAUUCAUACUGGAGAGAAACCCUACAAAUGUGGAGAAUGUGGCAAAGCCUUUAACCAGUUCUCAAUCCUUACUCAACAUAAAAGAAUCCAUACUGGAGAGAAACCCUACAAAUGUGAUGAAUGUGACAAAGCCUUUAACCUGUACUCAAACCUUACUCAACAUAAAAGAAUCCAUACUGGAGAGAAACCCUACAAAUGUGAAGAAUGUGGCAGAGCCUUUACCUGGUGCACAAACCUUACUGUACAUAAAAGAAUUCAUACUGGAGAGAAACCCUACAAAU